AGAAAGCCAUACCCACUGCUUUUGUUAAAAUUGAGCUCAAGAGGAGACACUUCUCCACUUCCACCCUUUCAAAUAAUUUCAACCACUCAUGAGGGGUCCCUUGUAAAUUUCCCUUUUACCAUUUGUGUCAUGAUGAUAGGGUCUGCACCUACCAAAAUCACACGAUCCACUUUGUUCUGCAUAAAAAGGCGUAUUUAAGACGAGCAAGCUUGCCUUCACAAGUGCCUUUCACUUCCUUAGCCUGAACUUCGAAAUGCCUCAAUUCAUCUCUUUAACCGAGGACCAAAUGCCUACUGAAGAUCAAAAUCAGCAUGCCCACGGUCAUGGCAGAAGGGGUUCCACUCAUGAGCCUUUAGGUGUUUCAGCUGCCAAGCCAAAAAAUAUUCCAUUAGCCCCAGCUAAAGCGGAGACCGUAACGUUACCUUCUGACGCUGAGGCGACUGUCACUAAAUCGACCUUAGGCAAGCUGGCAUAGAAAUUCAAGUAUCCUCGCUACCAUUUUGCUAUCACUUAGCUCUCCGUCUUGUUUAUAAAUCAAUCAUCACAUUUUUAUUUACAUGUAAUAAAGUAUCCAGACACACAUUUGUU